AUGCUAUGCGAAAUUUAUGUUCCUAAAGGGAGAUUUGCCAUAAGCAAGGCAGUAGCAUUCACGGGUCCUUGCAAGAACAAUGCUACUUUGUUUCGCAUAGAUGGUACACUUUUGGCUCCUUCAGAUUAUGAAGUGAUUGGUAAUUCAGGGACUUGGAUAAUAUUUCAACAAGUUACUGGUGUUAGAAUCGUUGGUGGGGUUCUUGAUGGACAAGGCGCCGGAUUGUGGUCUUGUAAAACCUCAGGCAAGAACUGUCCUACUGGUGCAACGUCACUUGAAUUUACAAAUUCAAACAACAUUGGAAUAAGAAGAUUGGUAUCACUAAAUAGCCAAAUGUUCCACAUUGUGAUCAACGAAUGCCAAAAUGUCAAUGUGAAAGGAGUGAAAAUUAUAGCUCCCGGCAAUAGCCCUAACACAGAUGGAAUUCACGUUGGAGGAUCAACCCAUGUCAACAUUUUCAAAACUAAAAUUGGAACUGGGGAUGACUGUGUAUCAAUUGGUCCUGCCACUUCUAAUUUGUGGGUUGAAAAUGUUAUAUGUGGACCUGGCCAUGGAAUCAGCAUAGGAAGUUUAGGGAGGGAUCUUGAAGAAAAUGGAGUGCAGAACGUGACGGUUAGAUCUAGUACAAUUGUUGGUACCCAGAAUGGAGUGAGAAUCAAGACUUGGGGGAGAGAAAGCAAUGGUUUUGCAAGGAACAUUCAUUUCCAAAACAUUUUAUAG